AUGUCUUCGACGGAGCCAUCUCAAAAUAAAACAUGGGAACUAUCCCUUUAUGAACUACAUCGUACUCCUCAAGAAGUUAUAACUGACGCUACGGAGAUUGCUGUAUCGCCUCGAAGCUUGCAUAGUGAAUUGAUGUGUCCAAUUUGCUUGGACAUGCUGAAAAAAACGAUGACUACUAAAGAAUGUUUACAUAGGUUUUGUUCUGACUGUAUUAUAACAGCUCUACGUUCUGGCAACAAGGAAUGCCCAACUUGUCGCAAGAAACUGGUUUCAAAACGAUCUCUAAGACCUGAUCCUAACUUUGACUUGCUCAUAUCGAAAAUUUAUCCGAGUAGAGAUGAAUAUGAAGCACAUCAAGAACGUGUAUUGGCUAAAAUAAAUAUGUCCCAAUCUCAAGCUUCCUUAGUGAACUCUAUUACUGAAGGUAUAAAGCUACAGUCACAAAAUAGGCCACAGAGAGCAAAAAAGAACCAUGAAGAAAAUAGUAACACGCCAAAUUCAAAUGGGAAUACGGAACCUACACAAAAUGGGAGUAGUUCAUCAGUUCCCAAAGACAGUACAUCUUCGGCAAGCAACCCCACUCCACCUGGACAGUCUACAUCAAACCCAGCUUCAGUGAGAAGUACUCCUUCCCCUGUACCAUCAAAUGUUAGUUCUGUGUCAAAAAACACAAGCACAACUAAAAGAGCAAAAUCAAUUUUAACAUCAGAACGCAGUGAAGAGAGUGAAUCAAGUGAUGGCAGAACUGAAGGUGAGAACUCAAUGGACACAGAGGGAGAAGGGGAACCACUGAAUCCCAACGAAAUAGAGCUGGUGUUCAAGCCUCAUCCCACAGAGAUGACAGGAGACAACCAGCUUAUGAGAGCUUUGAGAGACAGUUCGGUUCGUUAUUUGAAAACAACAGCUAAUGCCUCAGUGGACCACCUCAGCAAAUACUUAGCAAUGCGUCUUACAUUAGAUUUGGAUGCUGAACUUCCAGAGGCUUACCGUCUUCUAAAUUUUUGUAUCUAUGUGGCUCCGUCUCCUGGCCAAUUUGUACCGCUGGCUGGUUCUCAAACAUUAAGACAGAUCAAUGAUAAAUUUUGGAAGGUCAAUAAGCCCCUGGAAAUGUAUUACUCCUGGAAAAAAACC